UUCUGAUGUGUCCUGGUUUGAAGUAGUCAAAUAGUGGAAAAUGUUUUGCUGGGAUUGGGCUUAUAUUUUUAUGUUUUUAUCCUUAAAUUCAUAAUCUAUAUGAAACAGUUGAGAAAAUUCAGAUGACAUUUUACAGAAUCAUAAGAAGAUUUUUGAAGAUGUACAGGAUGAUUUUUGUAACGUCCAGAAUAUUUUGUUGAAAUUUCGGCAGUGGCGAGAAAAGUUUCCUGAUUCAUAUUAUGAAGCUUUCAUUAGUUUAUGCAUACCAAAGCUUUUAAAUCCCCUAAUACGAAUUCAGUUGAUUGACUGGAAUCCUCUUAAGCUGGAUUGCAUAGGUUUAAAACAGAUGCCUUGGUUCACAUCUAUAGAAGAAUUUAUGGAGGAUUCGAAGAAGGAAGGUGGUUCAGAUAAAAAAAUCUUGUCUGCUGUCAUCAACAAAACAAUUAUUCCUCAACUUUCAGACUUUGUAGAAUUCAUUUGGGAUCCCUUGUCGACCUCGCAGACAACAAGUUUAAUAACACAUUGCAGAAUGAUUCUUGAAGAACAUUCCACUUGUGAAAAUGAAGUUAGUAAAGUCAAACAGGAUUUACUUAAAUCCAUUGUUUCAAGAAUAAAGAAGGCAGUAGAAGAUGAUGUGUUUAUUCCACUGUAUCCAAAGAGUAGUGUCGUAGAAGACAAAACAUCACCACAUUCAAAGUUCCAAGAGAGACAGUUCUGGUCAGGUCUAAAGCUCUUCAGCAAUAUUCUUCUUUGGAAUGAGCUUCUCCCAGAUGAGGCCUUACGAGAGCUAGCACUGGAGAAGUUGCUAAAUCGCUACCUUAUUAUAGCUCUUCUUAAUGCCCUACCUGGGCCAGAAGUUGUUAAAAAGUGCAAUCAGGUAGCAGCAUGUCUACCAGAAAAAUGGUUUGAAAAUCCUGCCAUGAAUACAUCUGUUCCCCAACUAGAAAACUUCAUCCAGUUUUUAUUACAGUCUGCGCAUAAAUUAUCUAAAAGUGAAUUCAGGAAUGAAGUCAAAGAUAUAAUUCUUAUUCUGGUGAAAAUAAAAGCUUUGAAUCAAGCAGAAUCCUUCGUAGAGAAAUAUCACCUAGACCAUCUUAAAUCAGUAAUUAAAGAAGUUUAAGUAAAUUGUUAUAAGAAAGUACAAAAAUGAGAUUUUAAUAUGGUCAUACUCAGUUGCUGGCUUGAAAACAAGCUGGUGCAGUAGUCUCUUCUUCAUUUCCAGUAAUGGAGGAGAGGAUUGGCAAGAAAGCAGGACUCCAUCCUUCCAUUCCCGGCUUCCACAUUCUACCAGCCUAUACCUGAAAGGUUCCUCCUCCUGAUUCUGAGGUGUUUGAGGAAAUUAAGUGCACAGGAGCAGUAAGAGUUCAAUUAUUUCCAUUUGAUUAUUUUGAGUUCUUUUCCAAGUAAAGAAGAGAGUUGGAGAAACCUUGCUUGUAUCUGUUUGGCUAAAACAUCAUUUAGUUUUCUACACUUUAUGUCUAUUUCAAAUAAGUUUUAAAAAAAUGGAAAUUUAUAAUGAGAUUCUUACAUGAAAUGAAUUAUUUGUUAAUAAUACAAAUGAUUAAAGCAUUUUAAGGCUUUUGAUAACUGAUUGUCAACUUGCCCUUCAGAAAUAUAUACCAAUUUAUUGUAUUAACACACAUAUAAGAAUGUCAAUGAAUGCCUAUCAGCAAUAAAUAUUAUCAUUUUUUUAAAGUUCAUUGCAAAUUUGAUAGGUGAAAAAAGUCUUAUUUUAAUUGCUGUCUUGUUUUGGCUGUUAGAGAGUGAACACUUUUUUAUUAGCCAUUUGUAAUUCUUUUUGCAAUGCUGUAUCUCUACCAUUUCCUCAUGGAUUUGUAAGACAUUUAUAUUUUAAAGGUACUGAUCUUUUGCUUGUCCUGUAUUGUAAAGUUUUCCUCAUUUGCCAUUUUUCUUUUAAAUUUUGUGUAUGACAUUUUUGUUGUAUUAAAAUCAUUACUUGUUACGUAGUUACUAUUCUUUCUCAUUAUGGUUUUUGUCAUGGUGGUAGGUAUUUAAAACAGAUAUUUUGAAUACUCAGAAUAUAUGACUAACAAUUCUUAUAAAAAAAAUGUAUAAUUGACAAAGUUUAAGGCAAGGUAAUUGAGUCAAAAAGAAACUAAGAAAAAUUUUCAAGGUGAAAGUUUACUGGUAAUUUUUCUUAAAUUGCAACACUAAAAAUAUUUAUUUUUCUAAUUGUUAGCCAAAAGAAAAAUAGUAAGAAAAUUUGAUUAUAUUGUAGGAUUUGAGCAUGUGGCCUCUGACAUUGUCACCAGCUUUAUUUUUGAAGCUGCAUGUAAUAUACUUUAACAAUUUGGUGUGUUAUUUCUGUUGCUGUGAAGAUGCAUGAUUCACUUUGUGAAUAAUUUUUUAAAAGGUAUUUCAGUUACACAAAUCAUACAGGAAUAGUCUCAUGUAGAAAACUGAAACCAUUGCUGAAAAGCAUUUAGCAUUCCCACACAACUAUUAUCCCCAGAGAUAACUGCUGUUUUCACUUUAAUUAUAUCCUUUCAGACCUUUUCUCUGUCUAUAAUAAUAUGUGUAUAUAGGUACACAUAACUUCAUGUUUUCUACCUAAAUGGCAAAUAAUGUUACUGGAUAUGAAAUUUGUAUAUUUUUACCAUUAAAGUACAUGUUUGUAAA